AUGCCAAAAGCCUACAUAGGCAUCAAAUUCCACCCCAACGCCAGCAACAAACCCACCAUCGAAGCCCUCACCACCGCCCUCACAACCGCCGGCUUCACAACGACAUGCAUCCACCGCGACGUAGAACUCUUUGGCGAGGUCCACCUCUCGCCCGCUGCCCUCAUGGACAAGACAUUUGAGGUCAUCCGCUCCUGUGACCUGGUUGUCAUUGAGCUGUCCGAAAAGGGCGUGGGCUUGGGCAUCGAGGCUGGGUAUGCGUUUGCCCGAGACAUUCCCGUCGUGGCGGUUGCGCGGAAGGGAGCCGAUAUUUCGAAUACGCUGAGGGGGGUGUCGAGGGAGGUUUUUGAGUACGAGAGCUGGGAAGAGUUGGGUGUGUUUUUGGGGGGGUUGUACGGGAGGCUUGGGUGA